CAAAGGAAUGAGACCAUGGAACUUUAAUCUCUGACCCCCACCUUUUAGAGCAUGGAUUCCAAAGCUUAUAAAGAAAGAUUCUGAAAAGCGUGCCUGCCCCCAUGGCCCAGAUGCAGACAUCGCGUGAUUUUUAACCAAGAAAGAUCCUACAUUUGUAAGUUGAGAAGUUAAAGUGGGUGGAGCAAGAAGCGAAAAGAGCUGAAAUCAUGCCGGAGUUAACUCCGUUUGGAGCUCUUAAUCCAGCUCUGGCGACGCUUGGUGCCGUCGUUGCAUUCUGUGCCACUUUUCGUCUGGUUUCCUCCUUGGUGAAGGCGCUGAAGUCAUUCUUUCUGGCCGGGCCUCUGGGCCUUUCUACAAAUGUGCAAAAAUACGGAGAAUGGGCAGCUGUGACUGGGGCGACGGAUGGUAUUGGAAAAGCAUACGUUGAACAGCUUGCAGCUAAAGGGUUGAACAUUGUACUUCUCAGUCGAUCACCAGACAAACUGAAUGAUGUUGCUGCUGAAGUUGAAUCCAGGUACAAAGUGAAAACCAAGGCUGUGGCUGUAGACUUCAGCGGCGGUGCAGAAAUCUACUCCAAAAUUGCCAAGGAGAUCUUGGGUUUAAACGUUGGUGUGCUGGUCAAUAAUGUAGGGGUAUCAUACCCCUUCCCUCAGUACUUCCAUGAACUCCCCGAUCAACAAAAGUUCCUGGCAGAUAUGUUGAACUUGAACUGCCUGUCGGUGACAAUGAUGAUUUCCAUUGUUCUCCCAGGAAUGCUAGAAAGGAAGAAGGGUAUUGUGAUCAACUUGUCGUCAGCAUCAGGCAUGAACCCUAGUCCUUUACUAUCUGUGUACUCUUCAAGCAAGGCAUAUGUGGAUUUCUUGACCCGAUCCCUGCAGACCGAGUAUGGCUCCAGAGGGAUCAUCUUUCAGUCUGUUCUCCCAUUCUAUGUGACCACCAAGCUGAGUAAGAUCCGACGUUCCUCCAUGACUGUACCCACACCCACAGGGUUUGUCCGUAGUGCCCUAGCUACCUUAGGUUUGGAGGACAGGACCAAUGGUUGUCUGUCUCAUUCUCUGCAGGGUUGGUUUGUUGAAGCUGUCCCAACAUGGCUGUUAGACAAGAUACAGAUGUCAAUGCAUCUGGGCAUCCGAAAGACCGCCCUCAAGAGGCUAGAACAGAAGAAGGCAAACUAGGUAUUCCAACGACAUGUCCAAAAAGUCUUGAAUCUAUGCUGAAUCCUGGCUAGCCACUUCAACCACAUCCCAUAGACAGAGUGUAAAGCAAGCCACCAGCACAGCUGUAGGAUGUAGCCCUAAUUUAGCUCAUUCUAAGUAGGUUGCAAGUCCAAUCAAAUUUGUCAGGUUGAUGAAUAAUUUGAUUCAGAUUCCUACAACGGGCUAUGAAGGUUACAAGUGUCCAUUAUCUGUUCAUGAAUUAUUCUUCAUUUUAUAAUAAUUUUCAUAAUUUAUAAGAUGGUUUGAAAUGAAAUUAUGAUUUUUGUUUUUUAAAUAACUGUUUCCUAUGUCAGUCAUUCCUUUUAGAAGAAAACUAUUCAGGUAAGCUGUUAGACAUUAUUGUAUGAGGAAAAUCUGUGGAAGUAUUUUAAAGACUUUCAUAUUAGCAGAAUUUCGCAGGGCUCAGGUCUUAGCAGGAGAUACCAAAAUAUGACAUGCAGCACUGCUUCAAAUCUGUUACCAAAUGUUGUUCAAUUCAAUGAUAUGGAAUAGUGACAAUAUCAAUUGACUCAUGUCAUUUACUGAUGUAAGACAUUGCUGUGAUUUUUAAGGGAGCAUCUAAAUGCGAAUUUCAGUUGCUCCAUAUAAGCAUCUGAAUUUCUUCAAAUUUUGCAGUUGAAGAUUGCGUUACAGCUUAGUGAAGUAGAUGAGAGCUUAAGCUACUACAUGCAGUUUUACUGAAAGCAUUCAUUAUUGAGAAGCAGCAAACAUACCUUACGACAUCUUAGAUGAAAUUAGUUAUCUUUAAGAAGUCAGUUGUCCAAACUUAUAAAAUCUUUGAAAAAAUAUGACUAAGGUGACUUUGCAGAGAAUGUGAUAUACAUUGUACUGGGUUGUCUGAGAUAAUUUUCAUGUGAUACGUUUUUUAAGACAUUUAAGAAAAUUGACGAAUGUGAUAGCCAUUAUCCGUGAUCUAUGAAUUGAUGUCUAAUGUAUGUGCCAUCAUUUGUAGUAAUAAAAAUCCAAACGAGAAAACCCUCACAGCUUUCAAGCAA